AUGUUGGAAACAAGGUGGGCAGAUUCCAAAGACAGGAGGAAGGAGUAUUGGGAGAAGCUGCGCCAGACAGAGAUUACACAGGCGGAAGCAGCCAGAAAGAUGGAGGAAUGGUCCCAGAGACUCGGGAAAAUCAAUGACAAGGAGAAGGAUGUCGUAGUUGAGUUCCAGCACAACCGGUUCUUGAAGUUCAUGGAUGAUAAAAACUCGCCAUUUGUUGUCAAGGAUGAGCCCUCUCCACCGUACACGCCUCCAUUCCCUAACAAGCGUCCCCGUGAGGCCUUUGCAGGAGGCAGCGAAUCGUCCUGGGAAGUUCUGACGCCUGGCGAUAUCAUUGAUGCACUGCAAGAAAUGUUACCUCAUCAGCGAAUGGGAGAGAUUCUAGGUGUCGAGCAGGGCCAUGUAUUCUCCUGUGUGUUGGAGGAUGUCGACGUGGGCGCACACUUCACUCAAUACUUCAAAGACUGUUACCUCGAGUCUUACAAGCAUGUAUACCCUGAAGAUGCACUUGCACUAUCUGCAACCCUGCUGAUCAGGAAGAACUCUCGCUCCCCUCGACUACACAAGGCAUUUGGUGUCCAACGAUUGACAGCCUUGAGAGAAUCGCUCCUGCAGUCGAUUAUCCCCACCCUGGAUACCACCCUGCUAGACAAGCAACAGGCACUCAUAUCCAAGUGGGUUGGGUGGAUCGGCUUGGUUUCUGAAAAUAGGAGAGAGAACUCGACCAAGCGAAAGGAGACACUGGACCGGCUGCAGAGUGAUUGGAAAGAGGCGAUGGAUCUGGACCUUCCUGCAAUGCACACGUAUUUUGUGAUGUGCGUCCAAGGACUAUCUGCAUCACAACCAUUGGACUUCCAAGAAGCUGAUGGUAUCGCCUCCUUCAUUCGGAACCUGCUGGCGGCUCUCCUGCAAGAAGUGGACUUGGUUAGGUUCUCAUGCGCGGACAAAAGCUCAGAGGCCUCGCGAUACAACAAGGCCAUCAACCAGCUGCAAGGCCAAUCGAAACAGCCCGACAUGGUUGGCAUCUUUACAUAUGAGGGGGUUAGGGUCGAGACCUUCUUCGGUGAGGCCAGUAGCGUUACUGCAAGAAGCCCAUCUAAGUAUGGUGGUGAUACCGUAAGGUUAGGGGUCUUUGGCAAGAACAGCCAUGACAUGAUGGACAACCUCGUGGAUUUGAAGAAUCCGUUGCUGCUCUUCAACAUCAAUGGACUAGUACUACAGGCAUUUGUUCUUGAAAAAAUUCAGGACGUCUAUACAAUGCUGGAGAUUGGUACAGGGCGAAUCCCUUGCUCUGUCAAUGAUUUGCUGUUCCUAUCGCAGGAUUUGCCAUUCUGGCUACAGCUCAGGGAGCUUGCUAGAAAGACGUCCGCGUCUAUUGAGCAAGCAGUGGACGCUGGCCAAGUCGAUCAUGGGCGUAGGAAGUCGUUCUACCCCACCAUCACCACACCGUCAGCAAAAGAUGCUCUUCGCUCCUCGAAAUAA